AUGGGUUCGCAAAUUGGAGAGCCAGACGAGAUCUCCGUGCUUGUCACGGGCUUUGGUCCCUUCAGGGAGCAGUAUCCCAUCAAUCCUUCAUGGGAGAUCGCCAGUAGGCUGCCCUCACAUCUCCCGCCAUUGCGCGCCAAGGAUCCCAACUCGAGGCAUGCCGCGGCUGUUCUUCCCACAGUGCGCAUCUCAGUGCAUCCAGAGCCCAUUCGGGUCAACUACAAGGUCGUGAGAGGCCUGGCACCGUCGUUUUACAACGCAGGACAUCGAUAUGAUGUAGUUAUCCAUAUCGGAAUGGCUGGCCCGCGGCCGUUUUACUCCAUCGAGAGGAGAGGCCAUCGUGAUGGCUAUAAGCAUCCAGACGUCGACGGAGAGUUGAUUGAUCAAGAUGAGGACCGCGAGAAGGAUGACUGGCCAUGGAGAGGGUUGCCAGAGGAGAUAGAAACCGAUCUAGAUAUUGACCAAAUUCUUACUUUAUGGAAAGGACAUAGUUCAGAGGAUGAUGAUGUCCGUAUAUCCGAAGAUGCAGGACAUUACUUGUGCGACUUCAUCUACUACUCAAGUCUAUCGGAACUCUGGAAGCAGCAACGUCCUAGAAAGGCGCUGUUCCUCCACGUUCCGGCGGAUGCUUCGCCUGACAACAUUGAGAGAGGGAGGGAUUUGACACUGAACUUGAUACGAUCUAUUGUCGAGAGCGAGGUUCUUGCCAAGAACAAACCUUUGGAAACAACAACCAAAGUCCUAUCAAAUACCUACUACCUACCUAUCAACAUGUGUAGAAAGGCCACCUGCGGAACCUGCAAGAAGACCUCCUGGUGGGGUUGCGGCAGCCACAUCUCAUCCGUCAUUGACAAUGUUCCCCAAUCUGAGCGCUGCGAGUGCGAGCCCAAGGUUGAAGUCGGCGGGGUCUCCUACCCGCCUAUGGCUGCUUCUCCAAACUGA